ACUCAUAGAUAGGCUGUUGGAGACGGAAUUGGCUAAUUAUAGGUUGUAUUUGGGCGAGUUUAUUUGGCCCGCAAACGAAUCGACCAAAGCUUUGCAUAGGAAAUUUUUGCCGAUCGUCGGAGAGUACAAACGAGGCGCGCGCACGCAGCACCAGAGGCGAGUGACCCAACAACAAAUGGAGGUUCGUCGACGAUGGUCGUCUCCGGCGACGGCUGCGGCCAUGGCUCUCGUCCUGUUCGCCUCGUCGUCCUCCUGGAGCCCGGCGGCGGCGGCGGCGGUUGGCGCUGCGACGGAACUGCAGAAGCACGUGGCGUUCUUCGACAGCAACCACGACGGCAUCAUCUCCUUCUCCGAGACGUACGAAGGGUUCCGUGCGCUCGGAUUUGGAGUUGUUACCUCCAGAUUCAGCGCGACCGUAAUCAAUGGCGCCCUCGGUACCAAGACCAGACCUGAAAAUGCAACAGCAUCACGGUUUUCUAUCUAUAUAGAGAACAUCCACAAAGGGGUCCAUGGAAGUGAUACUGGCGCAUUCGAUUCAGAAGGAAGGUUUGUCAAUGAAAAGUUCGAUGAGAUAUUUACCAAGCAUGCAAAAACUGUACCCGAUGGCCUGACAGCAGCCGAACUGGACGAGAUGCUUCGUGCAAACAGAGAACCCAAGGACUACAAAGGAUGGGUCGGAGCAUCGACGGAGUGGGAGACGACGUUCAAGCUCGGGAAGGACAAGGAUGGUUUCCUUCGCAAGGACACUGUCAGAACUGUCUACGAUGGGAGCUUCUUCAGUAAAGUGGCGUCGAAGAAGAAGGGUCCCUCUGCAAACCAAGCAUGAUUGGGAUUUUGGAAGGAAAAAUGUACUAAAUUGAUAGAACAUGUCAAGGCAUCCCUAAAAUGAAUGGUCCAUAUAUAUUUACCCAGGAAAUGUUCCAAA